AUGCUUGUCAACUUAAAUGAGUAUGAUAUUGUGGAAGAAGAGAAGAAUUCAAAAGAAGUCAAUCCAAUAGAGUAUGACAUCAUUGGGGAAGAGAAUAAUUUAAAGGAUGUUAAUUCUAACAAGUAUGUCAUCACUGAAAAAGAGAAUAAUUUUAAAAAAGUCAGUCCAAAUAAGUAUGAAGUUGCUGAAGAGAAGAAUAAUUUAAAAAUCAACACAAAUGAAUAUGACAUCGUUGAAGAAGAGAAGAAUUCAGAAGAAGUCAAUAUAAAUGAGUAUGACAUUGCUGAAAAAGAGAAAACUCUGAUAAAUCAAAGAAAAAUUAUAGGGUGUGAUAUCUACAAAGAAUUUGAAGGAGUUAAAUCUCUUGGGACUGUUACUACUUACAUGACUUCCCUCGAAUUAUUUGAAGUUAUGUAUAAAAAUGAUAGCCGUAUGGAGUAUUUGAAUUAUAAUGAGGUUUUAAGUCAUUUGGUAGAAAAGGAUAAGAUAUAUGAAGUUCAACUAGUAGAACCAUCAAGAAAUAGUUUACAUAAAAGAAUUGAAACUGAAAUAGAAGAAAUGGAAGAAGCUGGACUUGGAGAAGAAGUCACUUCGAAGUGGAAGAUGGACGAUAAUUCGAUAAUACAGGAAAAAAGCUCAAGUAAGAAAGGAAAAUUUUCAAGUAUUUCUUCUUUAAACAAAGCUAUCAACAUUGAACAAACUGAAGUAACCCUGCCACCAAAGGAGAAUAAUAAGAGAAAAAAGAAUGAAAAUUCCAAAUCUACUCGCAAAUUUACCAAAAAAGAACCAGAAAAAAAGCGCAUACCUUGGCAUGCUAAGCGAAAAAAUGCAACUGAAGAAGAACCUUAUGAGCCUUAUCAAUUUAGAGGACUAUAUAUCUGCAAAGAACUUAAUGGAAUCAGAUUACUUGGAACUGUUAUAGGUUAUUGUCCUGAAAAGAACAAGCUCAUAGUAUGUUCUUCUUUAACUUCUAGCUUAUAA